CUUGCUGCCCCUCACAUCCCACUGCCCCGCAAACAGCCCCAAGCCACCAGUGAGGGACAGGCCCUGCUGUGCCAGGCUGGGCUCAGGGCUUGGCCUUUCUGCUUCCCCCAGCCAGCCCAGGCCUUGCUCAGCAUUGCAGUUCCCUGCUCUGAGCCUUUGGCUCCCUGCAGUCCUGGCCUCAAGGAUCUGCUCUCACCAGUCCCUGGGGAGCCUUUGGCAGUGCCUGCCCUCAGUGGGGCCCAGUGAUGCUCCAAGGGACUUGGAGUUUUGCUUCUGACUCCUUGAGCAGCUUCUUUGACCUUCUCUGAGUGCCUGAGUGUCCUGGACUCAGCCCCGAAUCCAAAUCUUCAAGUCUCCAGGGCUUGUGCAGCUUAUUGGAGUCAGUUUGGAGUUCUGUUAAGGAGGAAGAUUUCAAAGUGAACCUCAUGACUUCUUUUCUUUAAUCAAGUGAGUAUUUUUUAUUUUCCAAUUCGGAGAAGAGCUGAUAGAAGCAUUCCCCAGGUGGUCUUGAUGCUGAAGGUCUCCUUAGGAGGUCUGGGCAUGUAGAAGAAUGAGCCCCUUGAGGGCUGACCCUGUUUGGACAAGCUGCUCCUCAGCCCCAGCCUCACCAUGUUUGACAUGGCCCACCUGGCACUGACAUCCCUGUGCCCUGCAGCAGAACCUUGUCCCCGAGCUCUGCAGCUCCAUGUCCCAGCCCACUGCACCAUGUCCCACCUACUCUCCUCAGGGCUCUGCCUGCACACAGGCCCAGGAGAAGUUUUCCUCUUGGUAAGGAAAGAAUGGAAAAGCCUGAGCAGGUUUCCUGAACAACAAACCCCACUCAGGAAGCACCUGCUCAGUACAGGCUGCCUGGAAUGGUGUCACCUUUCUACAAGAGACAGUGUGACCAGAAAUGAUCUCUGGAAGCAGAAUUCUCUGAGCCCUUCAGCUGAAUUCUCUGUCCCUGUCCUUUCCCUGGAUCUCUGUUGCAGAUGGAAGCUGCUGGUGCCAUCCUCACCUUCAAGCUCUCUUUUGAAUGCAAGCAGAUGUUCCCAGCUGUGUUAAGCAGGAUUUGCUCAAUGUUUCUAUAAAUCUUUUGUGUUCCCCAGGAACAAAGAGGCCAUUUUGGCACUGGGGGGUGACGUGGAAGCAAGGAGUCAGUUGUGACGCUGGGGUCCCAUGGAAACAAGGGGCCAUGGUGACACAGCAGGGCCACGUGGAUCCAGUGGUCCAUUGUGGCACUGUGGAUCCAAGGAGACCAUGGAGACACCCCCAGAACCUGAUGGAACCAAGGAGUCCAUGGUGACCCAGCGGGGCUGCAUGGAGCCAAUGGCCCAUGGUGACACUGCCCACCCAAGGAGUCCAUUUGGACACUGCAGAAGCUCAUGGAGCCAGCAGGGCUGUCAGAAAGUUCUUCAUUCUGAGUGGAUGUUCCAGGCUGCAGCCACAAGGAAACAGGGAAUGGGGACUUUCCUGCUCCUAGGGAGUUUGACAUCCUCAGCUGAGGAGAGGAGGAGGCACCAGAAGGAAAGGACAGCUGGGCUUCACCCUUCCUCAGGAAAGAGAAUUUCCCAUCUGCAAGCAUUUGUGAAAUGGAGGAGGAUGCUGGGAGGAAAAGGAAGGAGUCCUGGGACACCCAGGCAAACAAGGAGCUGAGGAUGGAGACCAGGGAGGGCAAAUCCCCACGGCAGAACCUCAUGGAAGACGCCAUUUUGAGCAGCUCCACAGCGCAGAAAUCCAACGGGGAGGAAAAUCCCCAGAGAUCCCACAGGAGGAGGGGCUCCAAGCCCAGCCCAGGGUGUUCUGAGGAGGAAAGACCCACCCUGUGCCAGGAAGGUGGACAGAGCUCCGGGCAGAGCUCAGAGCUGGUGGUCCAUGAGCAGCUUCACCAUGGGGAAAAGCCCUACAAGUGCUUGGAGUGUGGGAAGAGCUUCAGGAAGAACUUCCACCUGAUCAGCCACCAGAUGAUCCACACCGGGGAAUGGCCCUAUGAGUGUGGGGAGUGUGGGAAGGGCUUCAGCUACAGCUCGGCCCUCAUCACCCACCAACGUAUCCACACCGGGGAGAGACCCUUUGAGUGUGGGGAGUGUCAGAAGAGGUUUUGGAGCAGGUCUGAUCUUCUCAAGCACCAGCGGAUUCACACCGGGGAGAGGCCCUUCCGUUGCCGUGACUGCAGGAAGGGCUUCAAGCAAAACUCCCACCUCGUCAGGCACCGGCGCAUCCACACCAGGGACAGGCCCUACGAGUGUCCCCAGUGUGGGAAGAGCUUUUCCAGGAGCUUUCACAUGACCCGACACCAACAGAGGCACUGUGGUGCUGUGUGGCUAUGCAGAAGGAGCAGAAGGCUUUGUGAAUCAGAAGUUGGAGUUUCUGUUUUGUAAAUAUGAGGUUCGAGUUUCUAUUCUGUAUUUUUACGUGUAUUUACCCAUCCCCUGAAGCUAU